CGACCUAACCUUAGUAACUUGGUACCAAAAUAAAAAUAGCUCCAACGCUUUUUAGCCUGUCCUGGAAUCCUUGAUCAUACAACUCGUCGCACUUAAUUCAUCCAACAUCCAAUGAACAGAGGCCACCAUCGCCGCUUUUCGUAAAAGUUCAACAUUUUACAUCUUAUAACAUACAUCUUGCAUGAUUCCCCGUUCUACCUAGAUCUAUCCAAUUUAAUCAUCCAUCCGAUGGAUACGUGAAAUUUGCAUGUCACCACUGUAAUCAGAGUCGAAGACAUCUUUCCGGCGCUUCCAACCAUGUCUUCUCUCACUCCGUUCCGGAGCUCGUUGCGCGUCGUUGCUGGUGCACUCCUUGGCCUAACCUUCUGGCUCUCGCUAGCUAGCGCCGCCGACAAGACUGCUGCUGAUUACUAUGUCCACUCCUUACCCGGUGCCCCCGAUGGCGAUUCUAUCAAGAUGCAUGCUGGACACAUCGAGAUAUCGCCGGACCACAACGGGAACCUCUUCUUCUGGCAUUUUCAGAACCAACACAUCGCAAACCGACAGCGAACUGUCAUCUGGCUCAAUGGGGGCCCUGGGUGUAGCUCCGAAGAUGGCGCAUUGAUGGAAAUAGGUCCGUAUCGGUUAAAGGAUUCAAACACCCUCGAGUAUAACAACGGAAGCUGGAAUGAGUUUGCCAACUUACUUUUUGUCGAUAAUCCUGUCGGGACGGGGUUCAGCUAUGUCGACACUAAUGCGUACGUACACGAACUUGACGUAAUGGCCAGCCAAUUCGUGACUUUCCUCGACAAGUGGUACAAGCUUUUCCCUGAAUACGAGCAUGACGAUCUUUACAUUGCCGGAGAAUCCUUCGCUGGCCAGCAUAUUCCGUACAUAGCCAAAGCUAUUCUCGAACGCAACAAGCUACCUCAGACGAAAGUUGCAUGGAAACUCAAGGGCCUCCUGAUCGGAAACGGCUGGGUAUCCCCCCCAGAGCAGUAUGAGGCAUACCUCUCUUUCGCUUACGAGAAGAACCUUGUCACGAAAGGCACCGAGGUAGCGGGCACAAUUGAAUCUCAGUAUCGUGAGUGCCGCAAGGAUUUGUCAACGUCAACCUCUAGCCAUGUAGACAACCAAGUCUGCGAAAAAGUGCUCCAGGAUAUCCUUCGUUUGACGCAGGCUAGAAAUUCGGAUGGCCAGACGGAGUGUUAUAAUAUGUAUGACGUUCGACUAAAGGAUGUAUACCCGAGCUGCGGUAUGAACUGGCCUCCAGAUUUGUCGUACGUCACGCCCUACCUUCGUAGACAAGAAGUAGUGAGCGCCCUCCACAUCAAUGAGGGCAAGAACACAGGAUGGACAGAGUGCAAUGGAGCUGUUGGUAAUGCGUUCAGUGUCCAGUCCUCGAAACCAUCUAUUGAAUACUUGCCAGACCUGUUGAAGGAAGUGAAGAUACUUCUCUUCUCGGGUGCAGAGGAUUUAAUAUGUAAUCAUCUAGGAACUGAGGCUUUCAUCAGCAACAUGCAAUGGAACGGCGGUAAGGGCUUCGAACUAUCACCCGGUAAUUGGGCACCGCGCCGCGAUUGGACCUUUGAGGGCGAGGCGGCGGGUUUUUGGCAGCAGGCGCGCAACCUGACGUACGUGCUUUUCUAUAACGCAUCGCAUAUGGUGCCUUUCGACUAUCCUCGAAGGACUCGCGAUAUGCUUGACCGUUUUAUGGGCGUCGAUAUCAGCAAAAUCGGUGGCGUUCCCUCCAAGAGCUUCCUCGAUGGCGAAAAACUGCCCGACACCACUGUCGGUGGCGCUACCAAUAACACGGAGUCGGACCAAGCAGCCAAGACCAAAGAGCUCAACGACGCUAAGUGGGCCGCUUACCAGAGAUCAGGUGAAGUUGUUCUGACUAUCGUGGCCAUCGGCGCCGUUGUCGGUGGCUUAUAUGUCUGGCGAACACGUCGUCCCUCAUCAUCGGGAUACGCCGGUCUCCCUAUCUUAAGAGAACGCACAAGAAGUGGACUUGAGGGGUUCCGGAACAAGAGGACAGACUUGGAAGCCGGUGAUUUCGACGAAGGUGAGCUCGAUGAUCUGCACGUAACCCGGCCUAGGGUCUCGGGCAGAGAGCCCUACAGCGUAGGCGACGCAAGCGACGAGGAAAGCGAUAGCGACGAUGUCUCGGACGGCCCCCGCAACGAGAAGCCCGGCAACAGCACUAGCGGCAUCGCAAAGGGCCAGUCGUCUAGUACUAGGAGCUAGAGCGGUCCCCCUCGGUCGACUAGCAUUAGGACGAGACGAGCGAAAGUAUUUCGGGCGUUCUAGGAGGAAGGCGAGGAGUAUAAUUGAUUAAUUGGUUGAUUGAUUGACUUACUGAAUCAUGAGUUUUUUCUCUUCUUCUCUUCGCGUCGCUUGAAAAGGAGGGAAGAAAAGAUAAGGGAAAGUAAACAGAAAAGCAAAAGAAAAGUAGAAGAAAAACAUGGGAACCUUGGAAACUCUGGGAUACUACUACAAACCAUAUAUACAUAACUAACUAUCUAUCUAUCUACAUCUGCAUACAUACCUACAUACUCUAGGUUAGGUCGGUGCGUAGGACCGUUGGUGCUUACCUGCCUAGGUAGACACCGGACUCGAAUCUAGGGUAGCGAAAAGAAAGCGUUAGCGAGUACCGUUUAAGGGGGGGUUUUUUUUUUUUUAAUAAUUGUUCAUCAUGGCGUUUUCUCUGGAGUUGUUUGUACAAUGCAAUACAGUAUCAGGUAACUAGAUAGAUACCUAGGUUAGGUAGGUAGGUUAGUGUAAUGGAAAGCGGAAUAACUAGA